GGGAUGUCAGUAACAGGUGGAAUAUAUGUCUGAAUGAUCGUGUGAUAAUUUGUGACUUUAAACGCGAAUUGAUGCGGUUUGCUGUCUCAUUGUAGCCAGCUAACUUAGCGAGCCAGAAAGCUAGCCAAUAUCAGCCCUGAUGGAGAUGGAGGAUAGUAAAGGAGGCACUGGUCUCAGGCAGUAUUAUCUGUCAAAAAUCGAGGAGCUUCAGUUAACGGUGAAUGACAAGAGUCAGAAUCUUAGACGUCUGCAGGCACAACGAAAUGAGCUCAAUGCAAAAGUGCGUCUGCUGCGCGAGGAGCUGCAGUUGCUUCAGGAGCAGGGCUCCUAUGUUGGUGAGGUAGUGAGGGCCAUGGACAAGAAGAAGGUGCUUGUGAAGGUGCAUCCAGAGGGAAAGUUUGUCGUGGAUGUGGAUAAGAACAUUGAUAUUAAUGAUGUGACCCCAAACUGCCGCGUGGCCCUGCGCAAUGACAGCUACACCCUCCAUAAGAUCCUGCCCAACAAAGUAGACCCCCUGGUAUCUCUGAUGAUGGUGGAGAAGGUGCCUGAUUCCACAUACGAGAUGAUCGGUGGUCUUGACAAACAGAUUAAGGAGAUCAAGGAGGUGAUUGAGCUGCCAGUCAAACACCCUGAGUUGUUUGAAGCUCUUGGAAUUGCUCAGCCUAAGGGUGUGCUGCUGUAUGGGCCUCCCGGCACAGGGAAGACCCUGCUGGCCAGAGCGGUGGCUCACCACACCGACUGCACCUUCAUCAGGGUGUCCGGCUCAGAGCUGGUGCAGAAGUUCAUCGGAGAAGGAGCCCGCAUGGUACGUGAGCUCUUCGUCAUGGCGAGGGAGCAUGCGCCCUCCAUCAUUUUCAUGGACGAGAUCGACUCCAUCGGCUCGUCUCGUCUGGAGGGGGGCUCGGGGGGGGACAGCGAGGUGCAGAGGACCAUGCUGGAGCUGCUCAAUCAGCUGGACGGCUUUGAGGCCACCAAAAACAUCAAGGUCAUUAUGGCCACCAAUCGUAUCGACAUCCUGGACUCAGCCCUGCUCAGGCCUGGUCGUAUCGACAGGAAGAUUGAGUUUCCUCCUCCAAAUGAAGAGGCCCGUUUGGACAUCCUGAAGAUCCACUCCCGAAAAAUGAACCUGACCCGUGGGAUCAACCUGCGCAAGAUCGCAGAGCUGAUGCCCGGCGCCUCAGGAGCCGAGGUCAAGGGCGUGUGCACGGAGUCUGGGAUGUACGCCUUGAGAGAGAGGAGAGUCCACGUCACACAGGAGGAUUUUGAGAUGGCUGUGGCCAAGGUGAUGCAGAAGGACAGUGAGAAGAAUAUGUCCAUCAAGAAACUCUGGAAGUAGCGCUCCCAACGGUUGGCCAGUCUCUGCUCCAAAGCUCUGCUCUACUACACAUGUACAUUUCUUUAUCCAUUAGGUUUGGUUUGUAACUGCUAUCCAAUUUAAUUAUCAAUAAAUAGUCAAUCUCUU